AUGUAUACAUGUACUCUCCACAUCGGCAAUAAGCGCCAUUCAUCGUGGUCCAUGCGACCCUGGGUACUCCUCAAAGCCCCGGAUAUUCACUUCAGCGAGCAGCUCCACCUCUUCAUAUCCAACCUCGCUCAACCCCAAUUCGGCGCGUCGUCGAAAACCAUCCCGAGGCCGAAGACUUUCGCUCGCUGCGCAGCCUCAGAGAUGCGCCCUGGUCUCAGCGCCAUCCGCGAGGAGUGGUCCAUGAACGUCGCCCUCCGCAUCGGCCCGGGACCUCAGCUCAGCGACGUCUUCCGGAGAGAAACUAGACGCCUUGACGUGCUUUUCGCCCAGGCUAUUGACAGCUUCGGUGGUCCCUGGCUCGCCGGUGCCCACUUCACCUUCUUAGACGCCUUUUUUGCACCUGCUGCUUACUGUAUUAAGACGUACGGCAUCGAGCUCGAGGGUUCCGCCACCGAGUACAUGGAUCAUCGGCUUCAUUACUCUACUGUUCGGGCUUGGGUGGAGGAUGGUGUCCGUCGGAAGUCCCAUCCCACGAAGGGAACUGCAGGAAGGGACGCACUGUUAUGGAGAGUCCUUCUAAACAACAUACCCCCCAGCCACACACUACCAACAUUGCUGUCAACAUCAAUACUACCUCCCCACACCGUCAUCCUCCCCAACGAUCAUCAACCAACAUCAACACCCAACUGGAGCUUCAUCACCAGAAUGUCCGAACAAGGUUUCGCGCGAAGUCUGCGCGACAUAACCGCCUACCUGGUCAUCAUAGUCUCUAUAUCUACAGCCGGUUCCUUGCAAUAUGGCUUUCACAUGGCCGAGCUCAACGCCCCCCAAGAUGUCAUCACCUGUCGCAAAAAGUCCAUCUGGUCCACGGGUUUUGGCACCCUACCGCAGUGCAUUCCCAUGGAUGAGGCCGCCUUUGCCACCGUCUCAUCCAUGUUCACUCUGGGAGGUCUGCUGGGCGCCCUGGGUGCCGGUCCGUUCUCAUCCCGGAAUGGCCGUCUAGCGUCUAUGCGCUUAGCCUCACUCUUCUACAUCAUGGGGUCUGCCGUCGAGACGUUCUCGCCGUCGGCUACACCCAUGGCCGUUGGGCGUUUCGCCGCUGGUGCUGCAGCCGGUGCGUCGACCGUCAUUGUGCCACUUUACAUUAGCGAGAUUGCCCCGCCAGAUAUGAGGGGUCUAUUUGGUUUCAUGACGCAGGUUUCCAUCAAUGUUGGUAUUCUGAUUGCCCAGUCGCUCGGAUACUUUCUCAGCCACGGCAGCUCCUGGAGGUGGAUACUGGGUAUAGGCGCGUGCCUUGCGUCUGCUCAGUCGCUCGGUACACUGGUCAUCCCCGAGAGUCCUGCUUGGCUUGCGGCAAAUGGAAGCGUGACUGCAGCCAAGAAGGUGCUACAGAGAAUCCGUGGCGGUAGCGUUGAUAUCAAAGAUGAGGUUCGGGACUGGUCCCCCUCUCCGGAGGAAUCUGGGGAGGAACAGGGUCUCCUAUCGCCACCAGAGGAAGAGAUAGCUCACCAGCGGACUAUCCACAUGGGAUUCAUUGACGUAGUCCGGGAUCCUAGGUGCCGGCCUGCCAUUGUGGCCGUCGUGGGCGUCAUGUUUGCUCAGCAGUUUUGCGGCAUCAACUCCAUCAUCAUGUACUCAGUGUCGCUGCUAGCGAAUCUGCUGCCCAUCUCGUCAGCCCUGCUGACGAUCAUCAUCUCAGCCGUCAACCUGGCGACGACGCUCGCCUGCUCCCCUCUGCCCGACCGCCUAGGCCGCAAGACGUGCCUCAUGCUGUCCAUUAUUGGACAAGGGUUCAGCUCCUUCAUCCUCGCCCUGUCCAUUGUCUCCGGCAUCAAAGUUCUCUCUGCUAUAUCGGUGCUCUUCUUUGUCGGCUUCUUCGCCGUCGGCCUAGGACCCGUGCCCUUUAUCCUCGCUUCGGAACUCGUACCCCAAGAGGCGGUGGGCGCAACGCAGAGCUGGUGUCUGGGUGCAAACUACGUGGCUACUUUCAUUGUCGCGCAGUUUUUCCCCAUCAUCAAUACGGAGCUUAACAACACCCUGGGUGGACAGGGAUGGGUGUAUUUUUUGUUCGCCAUCAUGGCUGCUAUCUCAGCCAUCUUUGUCCUUUCCGCAGUGCCGGAGACCAAGGGCAAGGGGAGCGUGGAUGACGUAUGGGGUCGAGAAGAGUCUGGCUAG